AUGAAAUCUUCCCAGCCAAGUGAGAACGCAUCGGGCCUCGCUCGCUCGCGAUGGGCCGACGAAGAGCCCGAACUGGGAAGCACUAGCGGGACCACCCUCUCGCCCCUUGCUCCCGCCUACGCCCCCAAUGCCGGAGAGGGCCAAGGUGGCCCCGCCACCGCGGUUGCCAAGCAUCCGAUGUCUGGCCAGCAGCGCGAUGCCUCACGCAAGGCCGCAAGGCCCGAGGAAUUGCGCAAGAGACAGUUUGCGGGCAAGAAAUAUGGCCUUGGCUCCAGCCACCGCGGUGGGUCGAUGCCCUCGACCUCGCCCGCUCCCGUCGUGGCCUCUUCGAGCGCCCUGCUCCCAUUGUCGAGCUCCCCUGCCGCCAAGAGGGCUGCCCGAGCUGGUGAGCCUCUUGAGUACGGGGCUGGACCGAUUGAGGGUCGUUUUGGGCCCAAGCGGGUUGCCAACGAUGGAGAGGAGGACGACGGUGCUGGUCCUGUUGGUGGCAAAGGCCACAAGAAGCAGCGCGGCAACGACCAUGAUGAUUUGGAUGGGGAUGAAACCCCUCGCGCCGGGAGUCCUGCCCCCAAGCCCGUUGAAACCCAGGCGCCCCCUGCCAGGCCCUUCAAGCUGGUCAUCAAGGCCAGCCUCAAGGUGCGCGGCGAUGGCAACCUGGUGUGCCUCUACCGCACACCCGAUGAGACUAACCGUGUGCUCAUGGCCGCGGGUGCCAGAGUUGCCGGCAUCGAGGGUGGGCAGUCCUCGACGAACGCGGACGGCAUGCUUCGCGAUAUUCGCAUGAACCUCGACGCCAGCAUCGACGUCCGUGGUUCCGGCAACUAUAUUGGCCACCCCAAGGCCAUCCUGGCCGUUGCCAAGAUCCUAGAUCUUGCCGAGCAGCAGCCGGAGGACGAAACCGAGGCCGCCGUUGCCGCGGAGGAGGCUGAGGAUCAGCAGCAGGAUGGCGGAGAUGAGGAUGCGGUCGAGGGCGCCAAGCAUGGCAAUGAGGGCGACGACUUGACUCUUGUUCGCGCCGAGGAAGCUGAGAGCCACGAGGGCUAA